CGAGCCAAUCGUUAGUCAGUGUGGGCGGAGCCGCGCGCCCCGCACCUGCGCAUGAAGAGCGGGCGGUGGAGGCGCUCAGUCAGCGAUGCGGGCCGGGGAGGUGAUGUCGCUGGUGGGGGCCGUCGCUCCGCUGCUGCUGCUGCUGCUGCUCGCUGUGGCCGAGUCGGCGCCCCGGGCUCCCCGCAAAGCCCCGCCACAGCAGCGCUACACCCCCGACUGGCCGAGCCUGGACUCCCGGCCGCUGCCGGAGUGGUUCGACGAGGCCAAGUUCGGGGUGUUCGUGCACUGGGGCGUGUUCUCCGUGCCGGCCUGGGGCAGCGAGUGGUUCUGGUGGCACUGGAAGGGCCAGUCGCUGCCCCGAUACCAGAGCUUCAUGCGGGACAACUACCCGCCCGGCUUCAGCUACGCCGACUUCGGGCCUCAGUUCACGGCGCGCUUCUUCCACCCGGAGGACUGGGCCGACCUCUUCCAGGCCGCGGGGGCCAAGUAUGUAGUCCUGACAACAAAGCAUCAUGAAGGCUUCACAAACUGGCCAAGUCCUGUGUCUUGGAACUGGAACUCUCAGGACCUGGGACCCCAUCGUGAUUUGGUUGGUGAGUUGGGAACAGCUGUCCGGAAGAGGAACAUACGCUAUGGACUCUACCACUCACUUUUAGAGUGGUUCCAUCCGCUCUACCUGCUUGAUAAGAAAAAUAACUUCAAAACACAACAUUUUGUCAGUGCAAAAAUAAUGCCAGAGCUGUACGACCUUGUUAACAGGUACAAGCCUGAUCUGAUCUGGUCUGAUGGCGAGUGGGAAAGUCCUUACACUUACUGGAACUCCACAAAUUUUCUUGCUUGGCUCUACAAUGAUAGCCCUGUCAAGGAUGAGGUAGUUGUAAAUGACCGAUGGGGUCAGAACUGUUCCUGUCACCAUGGAGGAUACUUUAACUGUGAAGAUAAAUUCAAGCCAGAGAGCUUGCCAGAUCACAAGUGGGAGAUGUGCACAAGCAUUGACAAGAUGUCCUGGGGCUAUCGUCGCAACAUGGUGAUGUCUGAUGUUACAGGGGAAUCUGAAAUCAUUUCGGAAUUGGUUCAGACAGUAAGUCUGGGAGGCAACUAUCUUCUGAACAUUGGACCAACUAAAGAUGGAUUGAUUGUUCCCAUCUUCCAAGAAAGGCUUCUUGCUGUUGGGAAGUGGCUGAGCAUCAAUGGGGAGGCUAUCUAUGCCUCCAAACCAUGGAGGGUGCAACUGGAAAAAAACACAACGUCUGUAUGGUAUACCUCAAAAGGAUCAACUGUUUAUGCCAUUUUUCUACACUGGCCAGAAAAUGGAGUCUUAAACCUUAAAUCCCCUAUAACUUACUUGACUACAAAGAUAACAAUGCUGGGAGUCCAAGAAAAUCUGAAGUGGUCUGCAGAUCCGGAUAAAGGCCUCCUCAUUUCUCUGCCCCAGUUGCCACCCUCUGCUGUCCCAGUGGAGUUUGCUUGGACUUUAAAGCUGACAAAUGUGAAGUGAUCAUUGGAGUUCGAGAGGAAAAGAACCACUGCCUGCUGUUUGCUCCUUUGAUUUUCCUCUUUUAGUAUCAUCACUAUAAUAAACUAACUUCUCUUCCCCACACGAA